CAGCAGCGCUCAUGAAGGCUUGGGCCCCGCGCGCUGCUGCGUGUCCAACACACCGUCUGCCAUUGACACCGUUUCUACACAGUACACGCACACCUCAGCCUUACACACGCUCUAGCGCCGCGGGGAUCUAAAUCCAGCCAGGGAUCCCGCCUAGCGCCGCGGCCCAAGCCUCUCCUAACGCUCCGCUCUGAGAGGCGCACGCCGCACGAGCAGCUCCCCGCCCGCCUUAAUAUCGAGGGUCGAAAUCCGCCAUCUUCCUCAUCACACCAUCGUCGCCCUUCGAUGCCCCAUCCCCGCGCCCUCCUCAGCCGGCCCCAGGCAUCGCCGCCCGCAUCGUAGAGCCCCCCAUCCGCCAUGCCACGCCCGCGCCGGCCGCCGGGUGCUGGCCUCACGCUGACGACGCUCCUGGCCAUCGUCAUCCUUGGCCCGUCGUUCCUCGCGGUUGCUCAGCAGCAGCAACAGCCGCCCCGCAGUGUGCUCGCACAAACAAUCCACCCCAACAACGGCAAAUCCACGCAUUCGCAGGACGGCGCCGGUCACGUCGCCCGCCGCCGCUCCAGCCCGCCCGUCUUCGCCCAGGAUGAGAGCGCCCUAGCAACACAUGUCUCCUCUGCUCCAGCGGUCUCCGCUGUCGGAGCCCCCUCUGCCGUCAACGCAGCCACAGGUGCCCUGGCACCGAGUGCGCGUUCUUUGCAGGACUGGGAAGUUGAGGACUUUGUUCUCUUGGCGACCGUCGACGGCCGCAUCCACGCACGAGACCGGUACACCGGACAGGAGAUAUGGGAGCUGGCUGGACAGCCCAUGCUCGAGACCAUCUACAACGUCUCUGAUGGCUCCGCCACCAUCCAGGACCAGCCCUUUGUCUGGAUCGUCGAGCCCAAGGAAGACGGCGCCCUGUACUUCCUCACCCCGGGCCCCUACCCAGCACUCCACCGCCUUGGCAUGACCGUCAAGCAGCUCGCCAACAUGGCCCCGUACUCGAGCGAGGACCCCGCGCUCCCGGUCGUGUACAACGUCGAGAAGUCCACCUUCAUGCUCGUCGUCGAGGCAGCCUCUGGCAAGAUCAAGAAGAGCUUCAGCCCCAGCGGAACCUACUCGGUCGACGAGGAGAGCUGUGCGCCCAAGCACCGAGACUACUUCCAUGCACACGAGCGCGAAUGCUCAGGGUCCAUCAACCUCGGACAGACGCAGUACACCAUCAGCAUCCACAACAAGCUGACGAACGAGCACAUUUGCACGAUAAAGUAUGCAGAAUGGGCUCCGAACAACCGCGACCGCGACCUUCAGAUGCAGUACUCAGCCACAAUGGAUAACCUGUACAUCUACAGCAGAUUCAAUGGAGAAGUCAUCGCUCUUGACCACAAACGCCUUGGCAAGUCUCGUCUCAAGCCACUGUUUAGGCAGGAACUGCCAUAUCCGGUUGCUCGAGUAUUCGAUGUUGCUCGGCCUUCCAACGAUGAUUCGCCAGAGCCUGCAUUGAUCCUGCUGCCCCAGCCUGCUGGGAAGGCCGGAUCAGAAGCAAUGGCUAAGCACGUGUGGCUGAAUACCACCGAAAAAGGUGCCUGGUAUGCGUUGUCAGAGCAGAACUAUCCCGUAGUAACAGACGGCGCUCCGGAGGCCUCUUGCUACAUGCUCAAGGACAUGCUCGACUGGGACGGCCCCCACUCGUUCCCUGACCAGAAGAGCCUGGUAGGAGUACACAAGCUGGAUCAGAAGCUCGAGACUCCCUCAAGAUACCUGGCAAUUGCGGCCCCUACAGCCUAUCAUGCUGAAGAAGGCCAGCCUAUCUCUCGCCCUCCAGAAACGUCGCCGAUGGAGAGGCCAAUGAUCGAUCCGCCGCCUCGGGCAGAGACGAUGAUCGAGACCAGAGCGGCUGCUGUCUAUACCAUAUUGCUUUGCUUCGUGGUUAUGGCUGGUACCGUGUCGGUUAUGAAGUAUCCCCCCCAGCUCGACAAACUCAUGAGCCUCUUCAUCAAGUCAUCUGCAGCUCGUCAGAACCGAGAUGCGUCCAUUUCGGUCCCUUCAUCGACAGGUCCGGAGUUUGAGAUGAAGGCAGACAAGCAGGUCGAACCCAAACCCGAAGUGCUGCCUGAGGCUCCGAAGGAAGUCAAAACUGAGGUUAUGCCAGCCAUUGAGCCGGAGAGCCAGGCAGUGGAGAGUUCAGCCACUGCAGACACAGUCACCGUAGCUGUGAGCCUACCAGAGCCAACUCAAGAAGCUGACGUUGAGGCCCCUGCCACCUCCGAAGCGAAAGAGAAGAAGGUCGUGACCUUCAACAUUCCAGAGGAUGAUGACGCAGACCUAGAACCCCUCUCGAGGACUACUACAAUUGACCAGUCGUCUCCAACAGAAGGCGAUUCGGACGAAGCCACAUCAGAUCUAGUUGAAAAGGCCACGUCUGCCACCAACAACCCCGAUGGCAUCGCACAGGAUGCCAAUGCCGCCAGUUCGACACCCACAAAGAAGAAGAAGACACACAGAGGAAAGCGAGGCGGUCGCAAGCUCAACAAGAACCAGCAAAAAGACGAGGAUGACGUUGAUCGCAUUGUUGAUGCCGCGAAACGGCUCGACCCCGCACCGACCUUGCAUCCUGAUGAGGUCACCAUGAACGGCGAUGACAUGCAGGAUGUUUCAAACAUAAAGAGAAUCGGGAAGCUCACCAUCGACCAAGACAAGCUCCUGGGCAACGGCAGUGGCGGCACCUUCGUAUUCGAGGGCAAGUGGAAUGACCGCGAUGUAGCCAUCAAGCGAAUGCUGCCCCAGUACUUUGGGCUGGCUGAGCAGGAAGUCAAACUCCUUCAGGAGAGUGAUCUCCACCCGAACGUCAUCCGUUACUUCGACGACGAGAAGGAUGAGAACUUCCUGUACAUCGCCGUCGAAAUGUGUCAGGCCAGUCUCUUCGAUCUCUUCAGAGACGGCAGGCCAGGCGAGGAUCUCACUGAUGCUCAUCGACGCCUCGUCAAUGAGAUCAACAGGGAUGUCCCGCGAGCCCUGUACCAGCUUGCCAAUGGUCUGAACCAUCUCCACAGCCUGAGGAUCAUUCACCGCGAUGUCAAGCCUCAGAAUAUCCUCAUUGCCUAUCCGCAACGAACCUCAAACAAGGGCCCACGUCUGGUCAUUUCAGACUUUGGUCUCUGUAAGACAUUGCCAGACAAUGUCAGCACUCUUAUUGGCACCACCGGUAAUGCCGGUACUGUUGGGUGGAAGGCUCCUGAGCUGAUCUCGCAGCCAAGAGACGUGGACAGAGGUAGUUCGACUGGCUACUCUCGCGACUCUUCCACCUCCACAGACCCCGUCGCACAAGGUGUCAAGCGCGCUGUGGACAUUUUCUCCCUCGGCUGUGUCUUCUACUACGUACUCACUAACGGCUCUCAUCCCUUCGACGACGAGGAAGGCUGGAUGCAGAUGCGUGAGUACAAUAUCAAAAAGGAAAAGGCCAAUCUUGAGGGUCUCCGACUCGGGGAUGACUCGGAAGAGCCAUACUGGCUUAUUCAGUGGAUGCUGAAGACCCGCCCCGAGGAUCGCCCCACCGCUCUACAGGUCAUGAACCACCCAUUCUUCUGGUCGGCAGAGAAGCGUCUGAACUUCCUCUGUGACUGCUCAGACCACUGGGAACGUGAGCCGCGAGACCCACCGUCCCAGCACUUGAACAUCCUCGAAGACUGGGCGGAGGAGAUCCUAGACAAGAGGAUGAACUUCCUCGCGAAGCUUGACACGGCCUUUAUCAACUCCCUCGGCAAGCAACGCAAGUACACAGGAGAUCGAAUCCUGGACUUGCUUCGAGCGCUCAGGAACAAAAAGAAUCACUACGAGGAUAUGGACGACAACGUAAAGGCGAAGGUCGGUCCUCUGCCUCACGGAUACCUAAGAUACUGGACUACCAAGUUCCCCACGCUCCUCAUGUCUUGUUACGAGGCAGUUCAGCAGUGUGAUCUUGCGAGUGCGCCCAGAUUCAAGCCGUAUUUCGAGGGGCAGACAAUGUAGAGAAUGUUUGCGGGACUCGGAGUUGGAGCGUUUCGGUGUGGUGAUCAUGAAGCGUUGAUUAUAGUCAUGCAUAGCUUAGCCGUGAAAUGAGAUGCCAGCGUGAAUACCAACCGUACUACUGUGCAUCACUCUG